AUGGUUAGCGGGAUCAGCGGUGAAUGGUUGGCUCCCAUGGGUCAGAGGUACAAUGUAAAAGAUCAAAUAUUAGCCGAUUUCGAUUUUUAUGAGAAGAAGAUCCUCGAUACAGAAGAAUUUACCGAUACUACAGAGAAUUCCAAAGCUCUUUUAGCUGACGAAAGGGGGAUGCAGGAGGAGAGUCGCGUUGGUUCGCCGACGAUGUCAGCGACUGUCGCCGGUAAUCAGCAACAACAUCCUCAUCAGGAAUGGGAUAUCAAUGACUCAAAUGUUCCAAGGGUCGUGGAAUACGAUCCGUGGUGCGAAUGGGCGGAUGGCCACGUACGAAGGGUAUAUGGACCGGAUUGCGAAGAAGCAAGAAGACAUGCAUCUGGCUGGGCUAUGAGAAAUACAAACAAUCACAACGUCAGUAUCCUUAAAAAGUCUUGCCUCGGAGUUUUAGUCUGCUCGCAGGAAUGCAUAUUGCCUGGCGGUGGAAGGGUACAUCUCCGACCGGCGAUUUGCGACAAGGCUAGAAAGAAGCAACAAGGUAAACCCUGUCCAAACAGACAAUGCACUGGUCGCUUAGAAAUUUUAUCCUGUCGCGGUCAUUGCGGCUAUCCCGUUACUCAUUUCUGGCGGCAUACCGAACAUGCGAUAUUCUUUCAAGCCAAGGGACAACACGAUCAUCCACGACCAGAAGCAAAGUCUACUUCCGAAGCUAGAAGAAGCGUAGGCGCUGGCAAAAGGGUCAGAGGAUUAGCAGUUUUACUCGCAAGAGAGGCUGCUUUAGGUUCCAAGCUAAUGUCACUGAGGGGAACGAAAAGAUCAAAUACAGAUUCUGUCGAACAACCUCCAAGAACUGCAGCACCACCACCAUUGAUCUCGGACAAAGGAUAUUCCUGUUCUUGUCCACCUUUCGAAUGCAUGUGUGCCAUGCAAACGAACGUUUCAUCGUAUCAGCAACAGCAUCAACAAACCACAAUCUAUAACCAACAAACACCAUCGACUGAAUCAUAUUGGUUACCUGAUACGAUACCUAUGCAAGAAAAUACCGUAGGUUAUUGUCUACCAAAUCAAAUACCACAGGAAGCAUCUUAUCCUGAAUUUCCAUCAUUUACCAGUGAUCUCUUCCAACCGGAAGAAAUCUUUCAAUUAGAUCAACCAUUACGACCGGACUUUCCAAUAAAUUCUCAAGACGUUGCUAGAUCACCACCGACUUUACUUGAUUUGGGAAGUGGUACCAUCAAAUACGAAGUAAAACAGCACAAUCAAGAACAAGUGUAUUGGAAUCAAUUUCUAAGCGAAGAUUCGAGCAGCAGUCAUCUUAGUAUGCCUCAAGACGAGAGACUUCAAUUCCCUGCAUUCGACACAGACAAAGACACAGGGUUCGCCUCGAGGAAAUCAAUGAAUCAAUACGUUUCUGAAAAGGAUCAAAAUCAGAGUCAUUCUCUUGAGGAUGCAUUGAACUUUCAAGGAUACGGUCGAACGCAAACUCCAAAACCUUUUACAAACGAUCGUAUUAUAAAGAACGAUCAGGAUCAUCAGCCAUAUUGGAGUCAGUCUCAUCUGGACGAUCGACUUCAUUUCCCUGGUUUUGACGCACAUAAGGAAAAUAUUUUAUCAUCCAGAAGAGAUGUUGACUCUUUCAACAAAGACUGUCAGAGUACCAUGAUCGACAGAGCGAAUUACGGAACCUAUCAAAGACCGAAGAACGACAUGGCACUGACUGAUCCUAAUCGUUCUGAUCGCAGUCCCGUCUCUGAAAACAGACAUCCGUAUUCCUUCGACGGCUAUCAAAUAUUUGAGGACUCAAAUUCAAAAAAUCAUCAAUCGAUCGUUCGACCGUCUCAUCCAAGAUCGAAUAACAUCGGACUUGACGAAAGAUCUCAAAACGUUUACGGAACGCAAGAGACGAACCCUGAAGUGACCGAAAGACUCUUUCCUGAGGCCACGACGAUCGAGCCCUCUGUACAAUCUCAAAAUAGUCCAGAACCUUUCUUCUAUUCAAACAACGAUCGUUGUCAUUACACCUGUGAGGUCCUUGAUACCCGAUUGCCUCAAAUGACAAUGACAAACACAGCUCCCGUUCAUCAUCCAGUUAACGGUUACAGUGACGUCGCUGAUAUAGAUCUCCCACCUUUCGUAGACUAUACUCUCGUUGGGAUGCUGUGCAGUUCUACAGAGGAGGAUACGACGACAAGUAUGAUGACUGGCUGUCCUCCGAACUCUCAAACUUUCGUUCCUCAUCACUAAAAAACAAAGAAAAAAAGAUAACACGUUCCUUCGUCCGACAUAUGAAUUUGUAUUAUAAAUAAAUAUAUUACGUUAGUUGCACCACGAAUAACUGUGCAAUAGAGAUUUAAUCCCAUUUAAUCAGACAUGAUC